CAAGGCUGAUUUACUGACGUCAUAGACGAAUCGACCAAGCGAUUGCGUCACAAUAAAAUAACUUAUGCCGAUGAUAUAUAAGCCGCAUAUCUUGUUGUUGCCAUUCACUUUGAAACACAAACUUGAGAGCAGAGUCGUCUUUAUUUUUAAGCACUUUUUCCAAGGAAGUUCUUCGCAAAGAAAAAAAAUAUGAAUAACCACUGGCCUCGUAAUGGCAUACUCUUGCCACGGCGGUGGAACAAACCUAUCAUCCCAGAGCUGAGGGUUCUAAGCAGUGGCAAUGCCAUCAACACAGAGUUCAGUCACAGGGCAGUGAUGCAAGGACGUUCAUCUGUGGCUGCCCUGGAAGAGCCCUCCAGGUGCCCUCUGUUGCCAAAGCACAGACGGCCUGGACCAUUGCUGACCGAUGCUGUUCCACGGAAGGCCAAUGCAGCUGUCCGCGGCUGCAAGCUGCCCCCACUUGCCCAUACACCCAACUUGGUCAGCUCUGAAUAUCCUGUGACCCACACUGAUGAGAACUCCGAUAUGGCAGUUGAUUCUCAUGGACAUCCCCAAAAGCUUUGUCCCCUGCUUGUGGAAGAAUCCAACACGCCAGCCUCCUCUCUGAAGAAGGUCAAGAAGGUGACUCUGAAAGACGUCACAAAGACCUGGAAGGCAGUCCAGCAGUCCACUGAACUGAUUACCAACGAGAACAAGCCUGCCUCAAACCAGGAUGUCACUACCAGGAAGCCCCAGCCUCCAUCCAAACUGCCGAUAAGAAAGAGUGGUCUACGCACAUUGACCAAGAAAAUGUCUGCCGCCAGUGCCCUUCAGGAAAAUGCACAUGCCCACUGCCGCAAGCUGCCCCCACUUAACAUUGAUAACAACUUUGAUAUUGAAGACGUUUCUGAUGGACAUCUCCAAACCCUGUCUCCCCUGCUUGUGGAAGAAUCCAUUAUGACAGCCUCCUCUGCGAGCAACAGGGAAGUGAUGCUUCUGAAAGACCUCAGGAAGGAAGAUGUUCCUCCGGUAAAAGGGUCCCAGAAGGCAGUCAAGCAGUCCACUGAACAAAUUACCGACGAGAAGAAGCCUGCCUCAAACCAGGAUGUCGCUACUAAGAAGCCUCAGCCUCCAUCCAAACUGCCGGUUAGAAAGACAAGCACACUGAACAAGAAAAUGGCUCAAGUGGCCGCCAAUGGUAGUGAGCCAGCGUCCACAUGCAGCUUUGGUGACUCUCGCAGCAAACCAGAGGAGAUCUGGGAGCGCAGAAGAGCAGCAAGGCGCAGGACGACGUCCCUCCUGCCGCGCAGGAUGCCCAGGGCAAAGGUGCCGGACAGCAGUCGGGUGUCCCGGUCCCCCGCGCUGCUGCUCAUCGCAGAGGUGGACGAGCGCUCGCCCUCAAACUCGAAGGCCUCGUCGCCCGUCGAAGCAGAGAGUUCGACGACGACCGUUCAGCCGCGGCCCCCGGCUGGCCCCCGCUCACCACGACGGCCAAACAACAGGCUGACCCGACCAAGGAGCCAGAGCACGUUUGGAUUUCGAGCGUAUGAGGAGGACGAGACCGAGGAGGAUGAACAGGACAGGCAGAUACUGGAGGCAAUGCUCAUGCCAUGGUUUAGGAGCAAGAGUGGCUCUUGAAGGGAUCAGCGACAUUUUCUCAGGGUGUUUACAAUGAAGCGGCAUAUUCUCAGGUUGUUUACAAUAAAGCAGUAUAUUCUCA